GAUGUCAGCUUCGAGCUGCCUGGCUCCGGGCUCAAAGGGCGGAGCCUAAUUCUGGCUCCGUGCUCCGGCCAUUUCGAGCCGGGAACGCUGGUGGCACUGAUGGGCCCCUCUGGGUGUGGGAAGACCACGUUGCUGGACAUCUUGGCAGCCAAGAAGACCUCGCCCUACUCGGGGUCUGUUCAUCUCAAUGGUCGAGAGCGAGACAACCUAUUCCCGCGGAUCACCAGCUAUGUGCCGCAGGAUGACAUCAUGUUUCCCACGGUGACAGUGAAGGAGCAGGUCUUGUUCCACACGGUCCUGAAGACCGAGGUGCCACGCGGCGUCACUAGGGAGAUGAUUGACAACGCCACGAGGUUACGACUCAAAGCGGUGGGCCUCGAGGAGGUGCAGGACUACUUGAUCGGAAGCGACGUGGUGAGGGGCAUUUCUGGCGGCCAGAGGCGGCGAGUGUCGUUGGCUUGCGGUCUAGCGACUGGCGCGCAGAUUUUCUUUUGUGACGAGCCCACUUCGGGUUUGAGCGCCACCGAUGCUGAGCAGUGUGUGAGGUAUAUGCGUGUGCUGUGCAAGAAGUACGGCGUGAGCAUCAUCGUGGCGAUACACCAGCCCAGACAAGAGGUGGCAGUUCUCUUCGAUCACCUGCUUUUGCUGACGAACCCAGGGGAUGUGGUCUACAAUGGACCAAUGAGGGAGGCGAAGCGGUAUUGGAGCGAUGCUGGCUUUCCCGUUCCCGAGCUGAUCUCCCCAACGGAUUAUUUUCUGGACCUGGUCACCCCGGGAACUCUGGAUUCGCAGGUCAGUCACUUCUUGGAAUUCUAUCGGGUGCAUGGCAAAGCCACAGUUGACAAGCUGGUGGACGAGCAGCUGCACAAUCAGAGGAUGACUGCCUUGCAGCUGCUGGAGGAGAGAAGAGCCCGCUUGUUGACGGUUGGCGACAUGCCGCCGGUGCGGAACAGCAUCUACGGUGUCAGGUUCCGGAAGCAGCUGCAGAAGGUCUUUUGCAGGCAAGUGCGCCUUCUUCUUCGGGACCAGCAGGGCGUCCUGACCGAGAUUUUGGUUGCAAUAGCACAGGCUCUGGUCGUAGGGGCCGCGUAUAUCGGCAUUGGAAAAGGACAAGACGCUGGAUACCACCAGGUCGGGUUCUAUUUCAUGCUGGUGAUGACGUGCGCCCUUUCCGGCAUCAAGGUCAUGCCGAAGGCGAUCGCGGAACGAACAGUGAUGAAGUUGGAAGUUUCAGAGGUCCUGUACAGUGACUGGGCAUACAUUAUUGCCUUCACCAGCCUCAACCUCCUCUUAUCUCUUCUUUGCAAUGCCAUUUUUGUCACCUUGGUCUUCCUCUUGAGCGAGCUUGAGUGGACAGUAUACCCAAUUGUUUUGCUGUGGAACAGCAUCAUUUACAUAGCCAUGGACAGCGUUUACCUCAUGGUGGCUGCAGCGGCCAAAGACUCUAGCAUGGCACAGAUCUUGCUGGCGCCCAUAUUGACGAUGGCCAUGCUCUUCAAUGGCUUUACGGUCUCUCGGAAGUCGGUGCCCGACUUCAUGGCCUGGGCCUUGGAGCUGUCUCCAGUUUCCCACGCAAUGGAGGAGAUGGUCCUUGCCAUCCAGCAGAGAAUCGACAGCAUGGAGUUGAAGGUCGUGGAGACCCUUUUUGGCUUCGAGAGCCACCUAGACAGAUCACUAGGCGUCCUUCUGGGAUGGUUCUUAGUCUUCAGGAUAGCCCAGAUCGUCUGUUUGAAGUCUUUGCACCACAUCAAGCGCUGA